AUGAUAUUUACAAUCCCAAAGUCGAAAAUUCUCAGAUUCUCGCAUCAGAUUCCUGCUUCUCGAGUAACCAAGGAGAUACAAGGAGUUUUGAAAGAGAUUUUUGAAGUUGAUUCUAGAGCAUUACCUGCAAACUGCGCCUCGUCUCUCUCCCCUUUCCGACAAAGUUUCCGCCGGCGACGACUGCGUGUCUCUUCUAGUUCAGUUCGAGAGGGAGAAGAUAGGAUAAGCUUAUUACCUGAACCGUUGUUAUGUCACAUACUCAGCUUUCUCACCACCGAAGAAGCUGUUUGGACAAGUGUUUUGUCUUCUCCAUGGAGACAUCUCUGGAAAUGCGUUCCCAGAUUAGAGCUAGACACCUCUUCUUUCGCUAGCGACAGAGUCUGCGUCGAUUUCAUCGACGAGUUUCUUGCUUUCCAAGGCAAGCCCUACUACUUGCGUGAGUUCAAGCUAACCAUUGACCACGACGUCUUCCACAGCGACGUCUCUCUUUACGAGCCGUGUCUCGGUAGAGUGGAUAUGCGGAAGAUGGAACGUUACCAAGUGGAGAAUCGAUUCGAACAACUCAGCGUCGACAACAUCGCGACGCCGCCCUUGACGCUCUCCGCGUGCGAGGCCUUGGUCUGCUUAAAACUCCAUUUCGUCAGGCUGAACGAGUUCGUGUCUCUUUCCUUGCCCUGUCUCAAGACCAUGUACUUGGAAGACGUUGUUAUGCCUAGCGACGCGGCUGCGGAGGCGCUGAUCUCCUCCUCUCCUGUUCUUGAAGUCUUGAAAAUAAGCGUGAGCGUAGAUGAUGCUGUGGUGGCGUUACGCGUCUGCUCCAAGUCGCUAAAGAGCUUCGCUCUAAAAGGAGUGGAACGUUUCUACGUUCGUGGGCGUUAUUCAGUAUUGAUUGAUGCACCGAAACUCGAGCAUCUGAGUCUGAUGGAUUACUACCAUUUCAAAAGCUUUAAGAUAAUCAGUGCGGCUGACGUUGUCAAGGUUGAUAUUGAUGUCGAGUUUGGGUUGAUGAAAGGUCACUUGUCGGAAACGAAGAUGAUCUACAAUCUUGUCAAGAGUUUUUCAGGGGUUGAAGAUAUGACCAUAUCAUGGACAUCUCUCAAGUUUAUAUAUAGUAGUUUCCAUCAAAUGAAACGAACUCCCAAGUUUCAUGACUUGACUGUUUUGCGUGCCACCAUGUGCUUAAACGCAUCCCCUAAACUAAUACCAGUCGUUCUUGAGAGCUGCCCCAAUCUGAAACACUUGACACUGGAGUUGUUAAUUCAUUACCCAGAAGUGAUAGCUAGACUCUCCAAUGUCCUGCCUCGUUGUUUGGUAUCGUCUCUUGUAUCUGUUGAAAUGGAUAGCCCGGUCACAGAGAUAACUACUGAACUGGAUUUGGCUAGAUACUUUAUGAAGAACUCUACAACGUUCAAGAAGGUGGUUCUUCGUUUGAAUCAGUCUUCUACUGGAGAGAAACACAAGCCUGGUGUCUUGGAACAACUCAUUGAAUCUCCAAGACGCUCUAGUUUGUGUCAGUUUGAAGUUAUUCCAGUGGUUACAAUCUCCGAAUCAUCCAUAGCCUGAUGGGGAUGUCUAAUGUAAAAUCCAAUAGGUUCUGAAGCUGGAUCUGAAUAUAGAAUAAGUGUGUAAAAGUGUGGCUUAAGACACAGCUUUAACCCUUUGUGUGAGGUACUACUGGUAUGGCUUAAGACUCCUUCUGGUUUGGUUGAAUGAUUUUGAGUAUCUCUUAUAUCAUGCACUGUUUUUGAUUGUAGGCUAUUUGAUAUGUUAUUUACUUCCAAGACUAUGCACUUACAUGAUAUUAUUUCUAACGCUGCUAAUAUCA